CUCUCUUCCCAACCAAGCUUGCCGCGGGAGAGAGCCGGCGGCUGCGUUCAUGGCUCAUUUUGAGGACUGUAAAUUCUACCGGCAGCGUGCCUGUCUGAACGGUGUUCACUGUGGAUUUCGACACAACGAGGCGUCCCGCCACACGGAGCGCCUGUGCAACAGAUGGGCCGCAGGGUACACGUGCGACGGCAGGUGCAACCUCCGGCACCCGUCCGCUGCGGAAAUCGCCGCUCUGGCCGCCGCCCCACCGCCCGCCUCAGCAGCAACAGCAGCAGCAUUCGUCCGACCUUCUCCAUCCAGCCAACAACCGCCAAACAGUUCUCGGCCGUCAGCAGCAGCAGCAGCAGCAGCGGCAGCAGAAGCAGAAGCAGCGGCAGCAGAAGCAGCAGCAGCAGCAGCAGCAGCGGUCGUCCGACCGGCUCCUUCCAGGCAACAACCGCCAAAAAAAUCGCGGCCGCCAGCAGCAGCAGCGGCGGCCGCAGCUGCGGCGGUGGCAGCGGCGGAAGCAGCGGCGGCGGCGGCUAUCAAGGCCAGAGCUCCCCCUUGCCGGUUCUACGCCAGAGGGCUGUGCACCAAGGGCAGGGCGUGUCCCUUUUUCCACGCGCCCUCCGCCCAGCAAGUGCCAGCAGAGCGAACGGCUCCGGAAAGCAGCUGGGGGCCAGCCCCUACCACUCUUCGAGGGGCGGCGGCAGCAGCCCGAAAGGCUACCGCUGCAUCCGAAGCGCGUGCCGCUUCGGGCGAAGAGCGGAGGAAGCACAAGGGCGGGGCUGCGGGGAAGCGCGAACCGGGCGUGACAGAACGUCCUAGGAAGAUGGUGCUGAAUAGUGGGGGUGGCGGCCUUGGUGUUUCGGUGGAAGCGGAUGCUGCAGCGAAGAGGCGGGCGGCGGAGAUACUCCAGAAGCACAGGCUGACUUCGAGUACACCGGCCAAGGAGGCGGGAUCGCGAGGGGGGAUGCACAUUAGGGGGGCAGCUCGGACUCAACCCAGCGACAAGAAAAGCUGCGCAGAGACCUCGGGACAGCGGCAGCCGCGCCCGCCAACUGGUCGUCAUAGCGGACACAGCUCUACGGCAUUAGCAUCACCACUAGAAGCAGCAGAGGCAUCGUCGAAGGGCCGCACGAUUCCAGCGGACAACAACGGCAAGAAUACUGGGGCAAAAACAGGGAAAAGAGUAGGCGAGCAGGAAGAGGCAGCAGGAGCGGAGGAGGCCCCCGCUUGUGAGGGCGCAGUUUUGCUCGCUCCCUCUCCCAAGAAGCAGGCAACUGAAGAAAUACCCUCGACCACAGCACGGGCUGCAACGAAAGCCGUGGGCAAAUUGCAAAACACUUGAAGGGCAGAGGGGGCAACGUCAACGAGUUGCGAACCCGCGGAUAAGCAGCAGCAAAAGCAGCAGCAGCAGAGCAGUAGCAGCAGGGGAAGCAUCAGGGGCAGCAGCUGCCCGUUCAUGCUGGCAGCGAUGCACCCUCACCCUUAGCAACAUCAUAUGCUACGACGGCCGCCGUCAUUGCCAACGACAAGGAGGAAUUGCUUCCUAGCCGAAGCGGAAAGUGCUUAGGUUUGCGUGGAGGGCCGGAUGGUCAUUGGUGCUACAUUCACUGGCGGUGUUACCGACACUUUGGGGUGGUGGCGGUAACGAUUAGCCUAGUGGCAGGGAACACUAGCUAGGGGGGUGGAUGUAGAGCGGACACUUGGCAGUGUUUACCGCCACCGCCGCCGCCGCCACCCGCGGUACGUUCGUCUUGUUUCCUUGGAAGCGGCAGGCCCUCUUGAGGAUGGCAAGGUUGAGUCCGGGGCGUGCGGUGUUUUGCACCGGAGCAAAUUGUCCCAAAGUCCGGGCGCUCAAAGUUUGGGAGCGUUGAGUUGAGAGCGUGUGCCGCAGUUUGAGAGCGGUCAGUCGGACGUGUCACGCGUGCACUGGUGCAGACGGCGGGAGGAGAAAUUCCAGGGGUUUCGAUGAGUGGUGGUUUUUUUUUUUCACGGGGUGGUUGUUGUGAAAGAUGGUCUGUUCGUCGGCCGACGCCAACAACAGAGAAUCAUCUUGAGCAGAUUUUGAAGAGAUGUGACCCUUUGUGAUUGUGAUGAUCAUCUCCACAACAGCGGCGUUGUUUUCACAUAGGGUAUGCAUCCUCCCGGUGAAUAAGCUUAGUUGCUGGUGUAGUACCAACCCUUUCUGCCACGACCACAACCACCGUAGACGGAGUCUUCGGGAAUGAGUAUGCUUUAUUGCCUUGAGAGGGGGCUGACAGUAGACGAACAUAGUGUUCGAGAGUGCCUGCGGUGGAGAAAAGUGUGCUGCGUGGCGGAGGUGGCGCUUUGAGCCUUAAUCUGGGACUAGGAAAAGAGACAACGCGGGUCCCGUUCGAUGAAAUCGUUCCGAUCAUGCUUGAAUUAUUAGGUACUCGCACGACUUCACGGUUGAAGAGGGAAAAGGGAUGACUGAACCCUUCUCGCGAAAAAACUACCAGGCAAGCACCGUAGGACCUGUGGCAUUAACAAAAUAGAAAGCAGAAAAAGUUCCUGUGUGUGAUUUUCCGACGGUGUAACCCCGGCUUAUUCUUCAAAACGCACUCACCGCAAGGUGUGUAUUUCGGCGCCAGAGCACAUGGGUCAAACACAACACAUCGUGCGUUGUGACGUGGUGCACUAGAGUAGUGAUGCGUGUUGGUCUGUCCUUGUUCCGUGUCGGUGCUACGGGAAAAGGAAGGGCGGUGGGAUGUCGCAAGAAGGUUGAGUAUGUUGAGUUUGGUGAUGAUGCGAUCACCAACAACGAAUGACGUCAAAAUUGGUUUUUUCUCAAGAGACGGAACCGAGGGAAAAUAUGUGUCGGGAAA